AUGAAUGCAAAUCUUGUUUUGCGAAUGAAUGAUCUCAUUAAAAAUAGAGAAGGAAAAACAUAUUUUAAACAUGUUAAAGCUCAUAGUGGAGUGCAUGGGAACGAGCAAGCGGACAUGCUUGCAUUCUUGGGUUCACAAAAAGAAUAUCGUGAUUUAAACCUUGAACCAAUUAAGGGAAAGAUAGAUUUGUAUUUUAAAAAAGAUAAGAAAGAUGAUUCUGAGAAUGGAACGGAUAGUUAUCUUUUAGAAUUUUUACGUAUAUUAAACCUAUUGGAGCAAGAUGCUGAUAAGGAAAAAUUAGUUAUUCGAACCAGGAAUAAGAAUAUUUACAUGAUGUUAGAAGAGAAUCUAAUUGAAAAGUGGUUGAAGAAUGACUGGUGCAACGCGAAUAAACAAAAGUUAAAAGCACCAAAGGAUAUCUGUUUGAGAAUCAAUGAGCUGUUCACCAAUAAACUUUGUGCGAUCGAUGAGCGUUACGUCGACGAAGGAGAUGGCGUCGCUUGUCGAUUACAUCAAAGUUUAAGCAGCAAAAAAGGCCGUCUGACAAGACACAACACACCUAUUCUAUGGGCCAUUUCAUGUAGGGAUGAAAAUUGCAUAGUGCAUAUUUGUUUAAUAUACAGUGGAGAAGAGUGUUAUUUGCUCCCAGCGACCGGCUAG